AUGGCUCUACUAAUCCCAUCAUAUGUCUAUAUUGGCAUAAAAUCUGUUUUUGUACGACACUUAGUGUCCACUGAAGUUCAACAGCCGUUCAUUGAUGAGAUUUUUCAUUUGAGACAAUGUCAAGUAUAUUGCAACUACAACUUCACCCAUUGGGACAAUAAAAUAACUACACCUCCUGGAUUAUACUUAUUGGGAUUUGUAUAUUCCAAAUCUUUACAAUUCGUCAUUGGUGGAGACUGUAAAGAUUACAAUUUGUUGAGAUCGCUCAAUUUGGUUGGGGGAUUGGUUGUAUUUCCUUUAAUAUUACAUAAAUUCAAACAAGGCAGUGGCUCUGGAUCUUCUUUUUGGACCAUAAACUUAAUAUCACAGCCUUUGUUGUUUACUUACUACUUUUUGUUUUAUACAGAUGUAUGGUCUGCCAUUCUAAUAGUCGCUUCAUUAAGCUUGGUAAGUUAUAAGCAUAAACAGUACCCAUUGAUAAGUGCAGUACUAGGAUUCAUCAGUCUUUGGUUUAGACAAACUAAUAUCGUGUGGUUAGCUUUCAUCUUGGCCGUUUUGGUUGACGUUAAAGUAAAAGAACGUACAUUUAUGAGUAGAAUAAGUAAGUUUACUGUUGAGAUAGUUAGAAGUUGGCUACUGGUUAUUCCAUUCGUGGUUAAUUUCAUUCUAUUUGUUAUAUUUUUGAAGAUUAACGGCGGUAUUACCUUUGGAGAUAAGGAGAACCACCAGAUGCAAUUUCAUGUUGUUCAGGUCUUUUAUUGUUUUGCAUUUAUUAACUUCUUCACCUGGCCGGUUUGGUUAACCACGCAUAGAGUCAGAGACUAUUUGAAGUUUAUCAUUGGUGGUUAUUAUGGCAUGAAUGUAGUUUUCAAUGUGAUCUCCAUGUUUGGAAUCAAGUUCAUUAUAGACAAGUUUACAAUUGUCCAUCCAUUCCUUCUUGCUGAUAAUCGUCAUUAUACAUUCUACAUCUUUAAGAAGAUACUAAGUCAUAAAUAUAGCAGUUUUGUGACUAUUCCGGUAUACCAUUUCAGCACCUACAACAUAGUGUCGUUAUUAUCAAGAUCCAGAAGAUUAUCACCAAUAACUGUACUAGCUUACUUGGUCAGCAUUGCAUUAACGAUUAUUCCUUCACCUUUGUUCGAGCCGAGGUAUUAUAUUGUUCCAUUACUCGUGUUCAGGUUAUAUAUCAUGCCAAAGAAAGAAUAUUCUCAUGUAAUUGAGUUUAUUUGGCUCAAUGGAAUCAACUUGAUUACAAUGUACGUAUUCUUUAACUAUGAAUUCACAUGGGACAGUGAACCAGGUAGCAUACAACGAAUUAUUUGGUAA